AUGCGACGUGCUGCCAUGAGAGGCCUCAUUCUUGCCGUGUGUUUGGCCUUCGGCGCGGGCAGCGGUGCAUUGCCUCCAUGGUGGAUCUUGAACAACGUAAAGCCAGAGGGUCAACCACAAAGCAUGGGAAGCUACACUAUCAUCACCUUCUCGGAGGCUCAACAGGAACGGUUUGCCAUCGAUUCGCACGGAGAGCCGACCGAUAGUGCCAAGUUCAGAGAUGCGCUGAAAGCUCUCAAGGAGGAGAGAAUGCAGGGAAAGCAGAAGACGGAUGCUGCAGAGGCGGCACGGCCGACCGUGACGCCUCGAUUGGUCAUCUGA